GUGCGGGGGUUAAGACGGACCCCUAGAUUACUCAGUCGCUCGAUUCAGCAGAGGAGAAGUAACUAAAGGAUGAGUUUCGCGGCCUUCAAGAUGAUGCAUUGGCCCACCGGCGUCGAGAACUGCGCCUCCGGCUACAUUACCCACUCCAUCUCCGACACAACUCCGAUGCAGAUUCCCAUCACCUCCGGCGACGACCUCGACCCCGAUUGGCCCGCUCCCCCCAAGCGCGGGAUCUGCGCCGUGCCUAACGUCGUCGUAACCGCCGCCAACGUCCUCGAGGUGUACGUGGUUAGGGUUCAGGAGGAAGGGAACGGUGCUAGCAGCCUGGAGCCGAGGGGGCAGAGGCUCGCUAAGCGCGGCGGAGUAUUGGACGGCGUCUCCGGCGUUUCCCUCGAGCUCGUGUGCCAUUACAGGCUCCACGGCAACGUUGAGUCGCUCGCGGUGCUUCCUAUGGGAGGAGGGAACUCCACCAGGGGGAGGGAUUCCAUCGUGGUGACGUUCCGCGACGCGAAGAUCUCGGUUCUUGAGUUUGAUGAUUCGAUUCAUAGUCUUCGAUUGAACUCGAUGCACUGUUUCGAGGGUCCGGAUUGGCUUCAUCUGAAAAGAGGAAGAGAGUCGUUUCCAAGAGGGCCUUUGGUGAAAGUGGAUCCUCAAGGGAGGUGUGGAGGUGUUCUUGUUUACGGUUUGCAGCUGAUCAUACUCAAGGCUUCUCAGGUUGGUUCUGGACUAGUUGGGGACGAUGAUGCGUUCACUUCUGGUGGGACAAUUUCUGCUCGAGUUGAAUCAUCUUACAUAAUCAACUUGCGUGAUCUCGGAAUGAAACACGUCAAAGAUUUUGUUUUUCUACAUGGUUAUAUUGAGCCUGUAAUUGUAAUCCUUCAGGAAGAAGAGCAUACAUGGGCUGGGAGAGUUUCAUGGAAGCACCAUACUUGCAUGCUUUCUGCUCUUAGUAUCAAUACGACAUUAAAACAACACCCAGUCAUCUGGUCAGCUAUUAAUCUGCCCCAUGAUGCCUACAAACUACUUGCAGUACCAUCUCCGAUCGGUGGUGUUCUUGUGUUGUGUGCAAAUACAAUCCAUUAUCAUAGUCAGUCAGCCUCCUGUGCUCUGGCACUGAACAAUUAUGCCUCCUCAGCUGAUAGCAGUCAAGAACUGCCUGCAUCAAGUUUCAGUGUGGAACUCGAUGCUGCCCAUGGAACCUGGAUAUCGAACGAUGUGGCUCUUUUGUCAACGAAGUCUGGGGAAUUGUUGCUGCUGACUCUUAUAUAUGAUGGGCGUGCUGUGCAGAGACUUGAUCUUUCCAAAUCAAAAGCCUCUGUGCUUGCUUCGGACAUUACUAGUGUUGGAAAUUCCCUUUUCUUUUUAGGUAGCCGUUUGGGAGACAGUUUACUGGUUCAAUAUUCCUGUAGAUCUGGACCCGCAGCAUCCUUACCUGGGUUGAGAGAUGAGGAUGAAGAUAUUGAAGGUGAGAGUCAUCAAGCAAAACGUCUGCGGAUGUCUUCUGAUGCUUUUCAAGAUACAGUUGGAAACGAGGAGCUUUCAUUGUUUGGUUCAGCCCCAAAUAACUCCGAUUCAUCACAGAAAUCAUUUUCAUUUGCAGUGAGAGAUUCACUAGUUAAUGUUGGUCCAGUGAAAGAUUUUGCUUAUGGCUUAAGGAUAAAUGCUGAUGCAAACGCCACUGGGAUUUCCAAACAGAGCAACUAUGAAUUGGUGUGCUGUUCUGGUCAUGGGAAGAAUGGUGCUUUAUCUGUUCUUCGGCAGUCAAUUAGACCCGAAAUGAUUACUGAGGUUGAACUUGGAAGCUGCAAAGGAAUAUGGACAGUUUAUCACAAGAGCUCCCGUGGUCAUAAUGUUGAUUCUUCUAAAAUGGCUGCUGAUGAGGAUGAAUAUCAUGCCUAUUUGAUUAUAAGUUUGGAGGCUCGCACUAUGGUACUUGAAACUGCGGACCUUCUCACAGAAGUCACUGAGAGUGUUGACUAUUAUGUUCAGGGAAGAACAAUUGCUGCUGGAAAUUUGUUUGGAAGACGUCGGGUAAUCCAGGUGUUUGAGCAUGGUGCCCGUAUACUGGAUGGUUCUUUUAUGAAUCACGAAUUAAACUUUGGAGCUUCUAAUACAGAAUCCAAUUCUGGUUCUGAAAGUUCCACUGUGGCAUCUGUUUCAAUUGCCGAUCCAUAUGUUUUACUUAGAAUGACAGAUGGCAGCAUUCGCCUGCUUGUUGGAGAUCCUUCGACUUGCACAGUUUCUAUAAGUACUCCAUCUGUACUUGAAGGCUCUAAAAGGAAGGUAUCGGCAUGUACUUUGUACCAUGAUAAAGGACCAGAACCCUGGCUAAGGAAAGCUAGCACUGAUGCAUGGCUUUUGUCAGGAGUUGGAGAGGCUGUUGAUAGUGCUGAUGGUGGACCUCAUGAUCAGGGUGACAUAUACUGUGUCCUUUGCUACGAAAGUGGUGCCCUUGAGAUAUUUGAUGUGCCUAGUUUCAAUUGUGUUUUCUCUGUUGAUAAAUUUGCAUCUGGAAGAAGCCACCUCUCUGAUAUGCCUAUUCAUGAGCUAGAGUAUGAACUCAACAAAAAAUCCCAGGAUAAUGUUUCUGCAAGGAAUGAAGACAUUGUGAAGACAAAGGUCGUUGAGUUAGCUAUGCAAAGAUGGUCUGGGCACCAUACACGCCCAUUUCUGUUUGCAGUUUUGGCUGAUGGCACAAUUCUUUGUUACCAUGCUUACCUGUUUGAGGGUGUUGAUGGUACCAACGCAGAGAAUAGUGUUUCUUCAGAAAAUCCUGCUGCGUUAAAUUCCUCCAGCAGUUCUAAGCUUAGGAAUCUGAGAUUUCUCCGCAUCCCCUUGGACACGUCUACGAGAGAGGAGACUUCAGACGGUGUUGCAGCUCAAAGAAUUACCAUGUUCAAGAAUAUUAGCGGUCACCAGGGAUUUUUUCUUUCUGGCUCAAGACCAGGUUGGUGCAUGUUGUUCAGAGAAAGACUUCGAUUUCAUUCACAGCUGUGCGAUGGAUCAAUUGUGGCUUUUACUGUGCUUCACAAUGUGAAUUGCAAUCACGGAUUCAUAUAUGUCACGUCACAGGGAGUUUUGAAGAUUUGCCAAUUACCUUCAGCACCAGUCUACGAUAACUAUUGGCCAGUGCAAAAGAUUCCUCUGAAGGCCACGCCUCACCAAGUUACUUACUACGCGGAGAAGAACUUGUACCCACUGAUAGUAUCAUAUCCGGUCAGCAAGCCAUUGCAUCAAGUGCUUUCUUCCCUAGUUGAUCAAGAAGCUGGGCAGCAGAUUGACAACCAUAAUCUGAGCUCUGAUGAUCUCCAACGACCAUACACCGUUGAGGAAUUUGAAAUCCGAAUUUUGGAACCAGAAAGAUCGGGUGGCCCUUGGGAAACUAAAACCACUAUUCCAAUGCAGAGCUCAGAACAUGCACUCACUGUGCGAGUUGUCACACUUCUUAAUGCAAGCACAGCGGAGAAUGAAACCCUUCUUGCCGUUGGAACUGCUUAUGUCCAAGGGGAGGACGUUGCUGCAAGGGGCCGUGUGCUUCUUUUCUCUUUUGGAAGAAAUGGCGAUAAUUCUCAAAGUUUGGUUACUGAAGUCUACUCAAAGGAACUAAAAGGAGUUGUAUCAGCUGUAGCCUCCAUUCAGGGUCAUCUUCUAAUAUCAUCUGGUCCUAAAGUCACCUUGCACAAAUGGAAUGGCACUGAAUUAACUGGUGUUGCUUUCUUUGAUCCGCCGCUCUAUGUAGUCAGCAUGAAUGUGGUAAAGAAUUUCAUCCUCCUUGGUGACGUUCACAAAAGCGUAUACUUUCUUAGCUGGAAAGAACAAGGGUCCCAACUUAGCUUACUAGCCAAAGAUUUUGGAUCCCUCGAUUGUAUGGCUUCAGAGUUUUUGAUUGAUGGAAGUACGCUAAGCCUGGCUGUCUCCGAUCAGCAAAAGAAUCUCCAGAUAUUCUAUUUCGCACCGAAGAUGUCGGAGAGCUGGAAGGGUCAGAAACUUCUGUCAAGGGCGGAAUUUCACGUGGGUGCGCAUGUGACAAAGUUCCUGCGUCUGCAGAUGGUUGAAUCUCUCAGCGCGGAUAAAAAAAGUCGAUACGCUUCGUUAUUUGGUACUCUAGACGGCAGUUUUGGUUGCAUAGCUCCACUAGAUGAGGUCACAUUCCGUAGGUUACAGUCUCUCCAGAAAAAGCUAGUGGAUGCUGUUCCUCAUGUUGCCGGUCUGAACCCACGCUCUUUCCGUCAGUUCCGCUCGAGUGGUAAGGCUCGAAAACCUGGGCCUGACAGCAUAAUCGACUGCGAGCUACUCUGCCAUUACGAGAUGCUUCCACUAGAGGAGCAGCAUGCACUUGCUCAGCAGAUUGGGACAACCCGAGCUCAGAUUUUUGCGAAUCUAGUUGAGCUCUCUGUCGGAACCAGCUUCUUGUGAAGGUCAGAUCGUAAUGCGUCGUUGUUGUUCACCAUGGACGACAUGAAGACAAAAAAAGAAAGGCAGUCUUGCUUAAUGUUGUACAGAAGCUGUAUCGUAUGGUAACUGUCAUGAACGUUGAUGUUUAAGUUACAUUUAGAUUAUGUUAAGAAGAUUCUUCUCCAAACUCUUUGUUUGUUUCAUGUCUACAUUGAAUACCUUAAGAUCUAGACAGUAUCUUAAUUACACAACUUUGUUUA